AUGGCCGAGGCACUUACAAACACGGAUCUCCAGGGUGCGCUGCCCCUGAUUGCACGGGGCAAAGUCCGCGAUCUGUACGAAGUCGACGACAAGACUCUUCUUUUCAUUGCGACUGAUCGCAUCUCCGCAUACGAUGUGAUCAUGGAGAAUGGUAUCCCGAACAAGGGAGUUCUUCUGACAUUAUGCACAAAAGCAUGGUUCAAGAUCCUCACCGACGCUAUCCCCUCUCUGCGCACGCAUUUCAUUACCCUCGACCUCCCGCCCCAGAUCCCCCCUUCACUUCGGCCAGUCCUUCAGAACAGAAGUAUGCAAGUGCGCAAGCUUAAGAUCCUUCCCAUCGAAGCCAUCGUCCGAGGCUAUAUCACUGGAUCCGCUUGGAACGAGUACAAGAAGUCCGGUACCGUGCACGGAAUCAAGGUCGCUCCGGGUCUGAGGGAGAGCGAAGCCUUCCCCGAUGGCCCGAUCUACACUCCCAGCACCAAGGCCGAGCAAGGCGAGCAUGAUGAGAACAUCCACCCUGAUCAAGCCGCUGCCAUUCUUGGUGAGCAUGCCUCGACCGUUGCUUCCCUGGCUGUACAGCUGUACAAGGCCGCGCACGCCUACGCUCUGUCGCGCGGUGUCAUCAUCGCGGACACGAAAUUCGAGUUCGGUGUCGACGAGGAAACCAAUGAGGUUGUUCUGGCUGACGAAGUCCUGACGCCCGACUCGUCUCGCUUCUGGCCCAAGGAUGAUUAUGAAGUUGGCCGCGGCCAGCAAAGCUUCGACAAGCAAUUCCUUCGGGAUUGGCUCGUCAAGGAGGGACUGAAAGGCAAGGAGGGAGUCCGGAUGACAGAAGAUGUCGUACAGAAGACCGCGGAGAAGUACAAGGAGGCUUGGGAGAGGAUCACGGGGGGCAAUUAG